UCUCUUUCCUUUUUCCCUCCCCUCCCCACUCCCCACUCCCCUGACUUAAUACCUUUCUCUCUCUCUUAAUUCUUUUUUCUUUCUGUGCCAUUCCAAAUCCAAUAAAACAUCACAAAAAUUCAAAAAACAAAUAUGGAUAGCAGCAGCAGCCUCCCUGUGACUACGGCUUCGUCUUCCAAAUCCGACAGGCGAUCCAAAUCCAAGAAUCUUCACAACACCUCCAAAUCUUCUGUUAUAAUGGCGUUUCUUUCUUGCCUUGCCUGGCUUUACAUUGCCGGCAGGUUGUGGCAAGAUGCAGAGAACCGAAUGUUACUGGCUAAUUUGUUGAAGAAAAAUUCUGGUCAGCGACCUAAAGUGCUUACAGUGGAAGACAAACUAAUGGUCCUUGGAUGCAAGGAUCUUGAGAGGAGAAUUGUUGAAGCUGAGAUGGAACUGACAUUGGCAAAGAGUCAAGGUUAUCUUAGAAAGCAGCCGCAGGAAAGUGGGACUUCUUCUGGUAAAAAAUUGCUGGCUGUUAUUGGGGUUUAUACUGGUUUUGGGGGUCGGUUGCGACGCAAUAUCAUCAGAGGAUCUUGGAUGUCAAAAGCUGAUGUUUUAGCAAAACUUGAAGAAAGAGGGAUUGUUGUACGAUUUGUGAUUGGACGGAGUGCCAACCGCGGUGACAGCUUGGACCGCUAUAUUGAUGAGGAAAAUCAUGCAAUGAAGGAUUUCUUGAUUCUUGAUCAGCAUGAGGAGGAUCAAGAGGAAUUGCCCAAGAAAGCAAAAUUCUUCUUUAGCACUGCAGUCCAGAUGUGGGAUGCAGAUUUUUAUGUUAAAGUCGACGACAACAUUGAUCUGCAAUUGGAUGGAUUGAUCGAACUUCUCCAAAGCCGACAAGGUCAAGAUAGUGCUUAUAUUGGUUGCAUGAAGUCUGGAGAAGUAGUAACUGAAGAGGGAAGACCAUGGUAUGAGCCAGAAUGGUGGAAAUUUGGUGAUCAGAAAUCGUACUUCCGGCAUGCAGCUGGUUCUAUCUUUGUUCUUUCAAGAAAUUUGGCUCGGUAUAUAAAUAUCAACAGUGCAUCUUUGAAGGCUUAUGCUCAUGAUGAUACCUCUGUUGGAUCAUGGAUGAUGGGUCUUCAAGCAACCUACAUAGACGAUAGUCGUUUGUGCUGUACUUACUCAGGACAAGACAAGGUUUGUUCAUUGGCCUGAGAAGGAUGACUGUCUUAAGUGUGCAGCUGUGGCGGUAACAAGCGAGACCAUUCUUUACUAUUGUGAGAUUUUUCAACAGCUAAUGUAGAUAAGGGGCCCGACUGUUAAGAGGGUUCUUGGGCUGUUGGUUGGACCAUUCUUUACAUUGCAAGAUCUGACGUACAAUUCAUACAGGAUCAGUAGGCAUCUAUAGAGAUGAGAAUUAGGUGGAUUGUUGUGAUGCGGGCCGGGCACUUGCUCAAUCCGGCAUAAAUAUUUGUUCUUUGUUUAUUGUUACAGGUAUACAGGAUCUAAACACACUACACCCGAUCUGUAAAAUGUGCAUUUUACUAGUUGAAAGUGUGACUUAAGAAACUUAUAACCAAAAACUGAGUGAUUUUCUCUUAAUGAAUCAUUUCUGGGUUUGGUUGUA